AUGAUUGCAUGGAUAGUACUUUUAAACCUGGGGCAUUUCUAUAACUCGAUCACUACUCUAAUCCUAUCAUCUAUUUGCUACAAAGAGAUUAUAACUCUUAGCGAAUCGAAGUAGCGCACUAACCUUUUUGGCAAAUUUAUGGAUUGGUACAUCUAUGGAAUGAUGAUAUAUUACGUAUUGCCCAUGAAUUACCUAAAACCAAAACUUGUCGAGAGUUUUAUUCUGCCUGACUCGUUCUUUCAUUUAAUUCUCUUCUAAUACCAUUCUUUCAUUCUCUUCUGUCUGUUUCUUAUUGCACUUGUAUUAUUUGUCUUUUCACUUGAAUUAGAUAAGUGCUAGUAUCAAGUGGAAAAGCUAACAAUGAAUCUAUUGGGUGCCUUAUUUGUAGUCUUUAUUCCUAGUUUUGCUUCAUCAAAUAUUUACAAAGGCCUUUACUGGCUACUAUUUCCACAUAUUUGCGUCGUCACAAAUGAUGUGUUCUCAUACACAUUAGGAUAAAUUUUUGGCAGAACCCCAUUGAUUAAGAUUUCUCCUAAGAAAACAUGGGAGGGAUUUAUUGGAGGUCUUAUUUGUACCUACAUUAUGGCUUUUAUUCUGCCUAUUUAUUUACAGGGAUCAUAACAAAUGUUGUGUUCGAUGAAUGAAAUAAGGAUCAGACCCUUUGCUGAGGUAGCCUGCUCCAAUGUGGAAUUAGAAUAAUACUCUAGAAUAAUUUCCCUUGAAAUGGCUGGAAUUUAAAUACAUUUAACUAGACUUUAAUUUGACUCAUUAGUAAUUGCGACGUAUGCCUCUCUAAUCGCUCCUUUUGGUGGAUUUUUUGCUUCAGGUGUAAAGAGAGCCUUGAAUAUUAAGGACUUCGGCAAUGCAAUACCUGGUCAUGGUGGACUGACAGAUAGAUUCGACUGUCAUGGACUUAUGGGAAUAUUCACCUACUUUUAUUUGAACUACAUAAUAUACAAAGACUAAAUGGUAGCAGAAAAUUUGAGUAACGUCUUGAAUUCAAUGACAAACGAACAGAGAAUUGCAUUACUGCCAUAAAUUAUAAGUUAAAUCUAAAAAUUGCAAUGA